CGCCGCUGCUCCGGAGCCUCCGCGAAGACGGCGGCCAUUGUCGAAGGGUUCACCGGAAAUUGCCGAGCGGGUCCGAGACGAGCGCACCUGUGGACCGGAAACACGUCAGCGCCAGUCCGCUGUGAAGCGCGCACGUGACUUCCGCUUUGAAGUGGUGGAGCUCGAGAUGAUCCGUGAGAUGUUCGUUCUUCACUCACAUCAUCUGCAUGUGCAUGUUUGUUGCUUCUGAGGUUUAAAUACUAGACUAGUUUCAUGUUGUUGCAGGUGUUGCAGGCGGGUUUUAAGUCGAGUGGAGGAGGAAGGACAACAUCACCAUCCUCCUCCUCCUCCUCCUCCUCCUCCUCCUCCUCCUCAUCAUCAUCUUCACUUCACCUACCUGACAUGAUUCUCUGGUUCCCCUGGAGUUGAGCUUCCAUGCUGCACCGACGACUGGAGCUCUGCACAGCUAGAGGUCAAACAGAGGUCAGAGGUCAACUCCACUCCCGUCACCGCGCCAGAGGCCGAACCAGUCGCCAGCGACGAUCCGGACUCCGGCUCCACCGCCUCGGAACCACCAGAGAUCGACUCCGCUGCCGCCUUCGCCUGCGAGCCACAGGUCCGUCAGACCCCCGACAUCGACGCCUCCAACAUGGCUGACCCGGCCCCCGACGACGGCAAGUGUCUGUUUCUGGAAAACGACUUUCGCAACAGCGGAGUGGCGCAGGCCGACUGGGCGGCCAAGAAGAUGGUGUGGGUGCCGUCGGAGAGGGAGGGCUUCGAGCAGGCCAGCAUCAAGGAGGAGAAGGGCGACGAGGUUGUGGUGGAGCUGCCCAACGGUCAGAAAGUGACGGUGACCAAAGACGACAUCCAGAAGAUGAACCCGCCCAAGUUCAGCAAAGUGGAGGACAUGGCCGCCCUCACCUUCCUCAACGAGGCCUCGGUCCUCCACAACCUGCGAGAGAGAUACUUCUCCAGCCUGAUCUACACGUACUCCGGUCUCUUCUGUGUGGUGGUGAAUCCCUACAAGAUGCUUCCCAUCUACUCUGAGAAGAUCAUCGAGAUGUACAAGGGCAAGAAGCGUCACGAGGUGCCGCCGCACAUCUACUCCAUCACGGACAACGCCUACAGGAACAUGAUGCAAGACCGGGAGGAUCAGUCUAUUCUCUGCACAGGGGAGUCCGGGGCGGGGAAAACAGAAAACACCAAGAAGGUGAUUCAGUACCUGGCCGUCGUCGCCUCCUCACACAAGGGCAAAAAAGACGCCAACCCCCCGCCGCAGCCCCAACAACAGCAGCCUCCCGCCCCUCCGCAGCAGCAGCAGCAGCCGGGAUCUCUGGCCUACGGGGAGCUGGAGAAGCAGCUGCUGCAGGCUAAUCCGAUCCUGGAGGCGUUUGGAAACGCCAAGACCAUCAAGAACGACAACUCCUCGCGAUUCGGCAAGUUCAUCAAGCUCAACUUCGAUGUGACUGGCUACCUUGUUGGAGCAAACAUCGACACCUACCUCCUGGAGAAGUCUCGCUGCAUCCGUCAGGCCGUCACCGAGCGAGCGUUCCACAUCUUCUACUACAUGGUGGCAGGAGCCAAAGACAAGACGAGAGAGGAGCUGCUGCUGGAGGACUUCGGCAGCUACCGGUUCCUGGUGUCGGGUCACGUGGAGAUCCCCGGUCAGGAGGACGACGAGAUGUUCGACGAGACCCUGCAGGCGAUGGAGAUCAUGGGCUUCAGCGAGGAGGAGAGAAUCGGGAUGUUCAAGGUGGUGUCCACCGUGCUGCAGCUCGGCAACAUCAAGUUUGAGAAGGAGCGGAGCAGCGAACAGGCGACGAUGCCCGACAACACCGCUGCCCAGAAGGUCUGUCACCUGCAGGGCAUCAACGUGACCGACUUCACCCGCGCCGUCCUCACGCCGCGGAUCAAAGUGGGCCGGGAGGUGGUGCAGAAGGCUCAGACCAAGCAGCAGGCUGAUUUUGCGACGGAGGCUCUGGCUAAAGCGAUGUACGAGCGUCUCUUCCGCUGGAUCCUGGCGAGGGUCAACAAGACCCUGGACAAGAGUAAGAGGCAGUCGUGCUCCUUCCUGGGAAUCCUGGACAUCGCCGGCUUUGAGAUUUUCGAGGACAACUCCUUCGAGCAGCUCUGCAUCAACUACACCAACGAGCGUCUGCAGCAGCUCUUCAACCACACCAUGUUCAUCCUGGAGCAGGAGGAGUACAAGAGGGAGGGCAUCCAGUGGAGCUUCAUCGACUUUGGCCUGGACCUGCAGCCGUGCAUCGAGCUCAUCGAGAGGCCGAACAACCCUCCGGGCAUCCUGGCCCUGCUGGACGAGGAGUGCUGGUUCCCCAAGGCUACCGACAUCUCCUUCGUGGACAAGCUGCUGAACACUCACACCGGCCACGUCAAGUUCUCCAAACCCAAACAACACAAGGACAAACUCAUGUUCACCGUGAUGCACUACGCCGGGAAGGUGGACUACAACGCAGCCAACUGGCUGACGAAGAACAUGGAUCCUCUGAACGACAACGUGACGACGCUGCUCAGCAACUCCUCCAGCAACUUCAUCCAGGACCUGUGGAAAGACGCGGAUCGAGUGGUGGGUCUGGAGACCAUGACCAAGAUGUCCGAGAGUUCGGUGCCCACCAAAUCCAAGAAGGGCAUGUUCCGCACCGUGGGCCAGCUGUACAAAGAGUCGCUGGGCAAACUGAUGACCACGCUGCACAACACCCAGCCCAACUUCGUGCGCUGCAUCAUCCCCAACCACGAGAAGAGGGCCGGGAAGAUGGACUCCAACCUGGUGCUGGAGCAGCUGAGGUGUAACGGGGUGCUGGAGGGCAUUCGGAUCUGCAGACAGGGGUUCCCCAACCGCAUCGUGUUCCAGGAGUUCAGGCAGAGGUAUGAGAUUCUGGCUGCCAACGCCAUCCCCAAAGGCUUCAUGGACGGGAAGCAGGCGUGUUGUCUGAUGGUGAAGCACCUGGAUCUGGAUCCCAACCUGUUUCGUAUCGGCCAGAGCAAGAUGUUCUUCAGGACGGGAGUUCUGGCCCAGCUGGAGGAGGAGAGGGACAUCAAACUCACCGUGGUCAUCAUCGCCUUCCAGGCACAGGCCCGAGGCUUCCUGGCCCGCAAGGCUUUCAGUAAACGUCAGCAGCAGCUGAGCGCCAUGAAGGUGAUCCAGAGGAACUGCGCCUGUUACCUCAAACUGAAGAACUGGCAGUGGUGGAGGCUUUUCACCAAGGUGAAGCCGCUGCUGCAGGUGACCAGACAAGAGGAGGAAAUGGGUCAGAAGGAUGAGGAGCUAAAGGCGGCGAAAGAAGUGGCGGAAAAGAGCGAGGCCGAGCUGAAGGACAUCACGCAGAAACACACCCAGCUGAUGGAAGAGCGGGCGCAGCUGGAGUCGAAGCUGCAGGCGGAGACGGAGCUGUGCGCCGAGGCCGAGGAGAUGAGGGUGAGGCUGGAGGCCAAGAAGCAGGAGCUGGAGGAGGUGCUGCACGAGAUGGAGGCUCGGCUGGAGGAGGAGGAGGAGCGCAGCAACUCGCUGCUGCAGGAGAAGAAGGAGAUGGAGCAGCAGCUGCAGCUCAUGGAGUCGCACAUCGCAGAGGAAGAAGACGCUCUGCAGCAGCUGCAGCUCGACAAAGUGGCCGUGGAGGGAAAAGUCAAGAAGCUGGAGGAGGACGUCCUGCUGAUGGACGACCAGAACAACAAACUGCAGAAGGAGCGGAAGCUCCUGGAGGAGAGGAUGGCCGACAUGAGCUCCAACCUGGCCGAGGAGGAGGAGAAGUCCAAGAACCUGGGCAAACUCAAGAGCAAACACGAGUCCAUGAUCUCCGAGCUGGAACUGCGUAUGAAGAAAGAGGAGAAGGGUCGUUUGGACACGGAGAAGGCCAAGAGGAAGGUGGAGGCGGAGCUAGCCGACCUCCAGGAGCAGUGCGCCGACCUGCAGGCCCAGCUGGCCGAGCUCCGAGCCCAGUUGGCCGCCAAGGAAGACGAGCUCCAGGCCACGCUGGCCCGCUUGGAGGAGGAGAGCAAUCAUCACGGGGCGGCGGUCAAGCGGAUCCGGGAGUUGGAGGCUCUGCUCUCGGAGCUGCAGGAGGACCUGGAGGCCGAGAGGGUGGCCAGGGGGAAGACUGAGGCGGCGCGCCGCGACCUCGGCGAGGAGCUGAACGCCCUGCGCACGGAGCUGGAUGACAGCCUGGACACCACCGCCGCCCAGCAGGAGCUACGGGCGAGACGUGAGCAGGAAGUGGCCAUGUUGAAGAAAGCCAUGGAGGAGGAGGGGCGGAGCCACGAGGCUCAGAUCCAGGAUCUGAGGCAGAAGCACAGUCAGUCUGUGGAGGAUCUGAGUGAGCAGCUGGAACAGGCCAAGAGGGUGAGGGCCGGUCUGGAGAAAGCCAAGCAGGCACUGGAGAAGGAGUCGGCGGAUCUGAGCGGCGACCUGCGAUCCCUCGCCAGCGCCAAGCAGGACGUGGAGCACAAGAAGAAGAAGGUGGAGGGCCAGCUGAACGACCUGCACACGCGCUUCAACGAGAGCGAGCGGCAGCGGACUGAGCUCGGGGAGCGAGUCUCCAAGAUGACUCUGGAGCUGGACAGUGUGACGGGUCUGUUGAACGAGGCGGAGGGGAAGGGCAUCAAGUUGAGUAAAGACGUCUCCAGUCUGUCGUCUCAGCUCCAGGACGCACAGGAGCUGCUGUCGGAGGAGACCCGUCAGAAGCUGAACGUGUCCGGACGCCUCCGUCAGAUGGAGGAGGACAGGAACAGUCUGAUGGAGCAGCUGGAGGAGGAGACGGAGAACAAACGGGCCGUGGAGAGGCAGGUCUCCAGCCUCAACAUGCAGCUGUCGGACUACAAGAAGAAGCUGGACGAGCUGUCGGGGGCGGUGGAGCUGCUGGAGGAGGGGAAGAAGCGUCUGCAGCGCGAGCUGGAGGCGUCCAACAGCGAGUACGAGGAGAAGGCGUCGGCCUACGACAAGGUGGAGAAGAGCCGCGGUCGGAUGCAGCAGGAGCUGGAGGACGUCCUCAUGGACCUGGACAGCCAGCGGCAGCUCGUCUCCAACCUGGAGAAGAAGCAGAAGAAGUUUGAUCAGAUGCUGGCGGAGGAGCGAUCCGUGUCCUGCAAGUUUGCGGAGGAGCGCGAUCGAGCGGAGGCGGAGGCGAGGGAGAAGGAGACGCGGGUGUUGGCUCUGGCCAGAGCGCUGGAGGAGAACCAGGGCGCGCUGGAGGAGGCGGAGAAGAUCAUGAAGACGCUCCGAGUGGAGAUGGAGGACCUUGUCAGCUCCAAGGACGACGUGGGAAAGAAUGUCCACGACCUGGAGAAGGCGAAGCGCGGCCUGGAGGCCAUCGUGGAGGAGAUGAGGACCCAGAUGGACGAGCUGGAGGACGAGCUGCAGGUCGCCGAGGACGCCAAGCUGCGCCUGGAGGUCAACGGUCAGGCGAUGCGAGCUCAGCACGAGAGGGAUGUUCAGGCCCGCGACGACAUGGGCGAGGAGAAGAGGAAGCAGCUCCUCAAACAGGUGCGCGAGCUGGAGGCGGAGCUGGAGGAGGAGAGGAAGCAGCGAGGUCAGGUGUUAGCCGGGAAGAAGAAGCUGGAGGGGGAGAUGAAGGACAUGGAGGACCAGCUGGAGGCCACCAGCAGGGGGCGCGACGAGUCAGUCAAGCAGCUCCGCAAGUUCCAGGGCCAGGUGAAGGACCUCCAGAGGGAGCUGGACGACUCCCGUGCAGCCCAGAAGGAGGCGCUCACUUCAGCCAGGGAGUCUGAGCGCAGAACCAAGGUGAUGGAGGCCGACGUCGUCCAGCUGCACGAGAUGUUGGCAGCAGCUGAGCGAGCUCGUAAGCAGGCGGAGGUGGAAAGAGACGAGCUUCACGAAGAACUGGCCAGUAACUCUUCUGGAAAGUCUCUGCUGUCGGACGAGAAGCGACGUCUGGACACGAAGAUCAACCAGCUGGAGGAGGAGCUGGACGAGGAGCAGGCCAACGUGGAGAGUCUGAACGAGCGGCUGAGGAAGAGCCAGCAGCUGGUGGAGCAGCUGGGGGCGGAGCUGGCGGCGGAGCGGUCGUCCUCUCAGACCAAGGAGGGGUCCAGGCAGCAGCUGGAGAGACAGAACCGAGAGCUAAAGGCCAAGCUGCAGGAGACGGAGGGCCAGGGCCGCUCCAAGCUCAAGUCCUCCAUCACCGCCCUGGAGGUCAAGCUGCGGGAGGCCGAGGAGCAGCUGGAGAUCGAGAGCAGAGAGCGUCAGGCCAACGCCAAGAAUCUGCGUCAGAAAGAGAAGAAGCUGAAGGAUCUGACGAUCCAGAUGGAGGAUGAGAGGAAGCAGGCGCAGCAGUACAAAGACCAGGCGGAGAAGGGCAACGUGCGGGUGAAGCAGCUGAAGCAUCAGCUGGAGGAGGCGGAGGAGGAGGCGCAGCGCGUGGUGGCGGCGCGCAGGAAACUGCAGCGGGAGCUGGACGAGGCGUCCGAGGCCAACGACGGCCUGAACAGAGAGCUGUCGUCGCUCCGGAGCAAACUGAGGCGUGGUGGUGGCAGCGGCGGCGAGGCGUCGUUCGUCAGCCCCAGUCCUCGGAGCAGCGGCGGCGGCGGCGGCAUGAGGAGCUUCGGGAUGGGAGCGAGCGCCAGCCGGAGGAACGCCAUCAAGGAGAACUCGUUGGAGCUGCAGGAGUACGAGCCUCCGUCCCCGUCGCCUCCCGCCUGCAGCUGCAGCCCGCCGCCGGACGCCUGCUCCCCGGACGACGAGUGACCGGACAGGACGCAACAUCAUGAAUCCAUUUUAAUAUAUUUUUACACUUUAAAAUUGAAAUUUAGCUUCGGGGAUAUAUAUGUUUUAUGUUUUUACACAAAUAAUCGGGGGAAACAUGCAAAACGCUUUUUUUUACAUCGUUAUCAAAAAAUUUCUAAUUGGCAACGAUGAUUUUCAUAAGUGAUUUAAUCGUUUUCCAAAGUAAAUUACUCGAAAUUCUCAAAUGUGACGAUUCAAUGCUGUUUGUCAAACUAAAUAAUAUAUUAUUAAUAAAUCAGAACAUUGGAACACGUCGUGCCUUUGUGCUCUGGGAACUAACUUCAGACAUUUUAAAUCAAGAAAAUAAUAAACAUGAUAAAGAACAGAUGAUAAAGAACAGAUGAUAAUAAGUAAUCUGAAUGUUUGAAUAAUCUUAGCAGCGUCGAUCCAGUUUUUCCCUGUUCCAUUAAUUUCCUCCCUUCUUCAUUAAGUAAUUUAUAUCUCACCUUUGUCUUUACUUCUCUUCAAAAAUAAAUACAUAAAAUAAUAUAUACAGCAAAAUUUUAAAAAAGGUGUAUUUCACCUCACGAGUCACGAGCCGUUAACGUCUGGGUGUCGUUCCACAGGUCGGAUCCAAACAGUUUUAAUAAUAUUAUAAUCGUUAAACAAAAAUAAUAAAUAUAAGGACGAGUUGUGGAUUUGAGCCCCUCAAAGUUAGAUUAAGUGCCUGCUGAUCGAUUCCCACAUUCAUAACCUUUGAGUUUUCCAAGAAUAAUACGUCACCGAUACUUUUCAACGUUUGCAGUCUUAACAUGACAUAUCACUUGAAUUCAAUGUAUUUAUUAAUAUCACCUUUAUUUUUCAUGUAGUUUAAACAAUUAUCAGACCCACAAAAAAGUCAGUCUCAUUUAUUUCCCCCCCUCGUUCAUCUGAGUCACAGAUCAGCGUCAUAUUUAUUUUUUAAACAUCUGACGCUCAUGUUUACGGCUGACUUUGCUCCGUACACACUUGAAUUAUUAGUUUGGAAACUGAAUAUAAAACUAUAUUUGAUAUAUAUAUUUAAUGUUGUGUAUUAGUUCUUUUGAUGUAGAGGCCGUGUGAUUUUAAACCUCACAUCUUUCUGGUUAGGGUGAUUUGUGCUGUGCGCGACUUUCUGCUCUUUGUGAACCAGUGAAGUGAAAUUAAAAACUGUUAAAACUAAA